CAAACCACUCACAAGAGAAAGGCGCACACAAUUCAGUGAGGAAAAAACCAGAGAGAGAGAGAGAGAGAGAGAGGAGGAAAUGGGCAUCCCUUGCGAUGAUUUUGUGGUGGUCCGGCAGCCGGAGACCUCCGGCGAGCCCACAGUCAUCACCGUCAACUGCCCGGACAAGACCGGACUCGGUUGUGACCUCUGCCGCAUCAUUCUCUUCUUUGGUCUUAGCAUAGUGCGUGGAGAUGUUAGCACGGAUGGGAAGUGGUGUUUCAUACUGUUCUGGGUUGUUGGGAGGGAUUCAGGGGCUCAGCCGAGGUGGGGGUUGCUGAAAAAGAGGCUUCUUGGUGCUUGUCCUGCUGCUUCCCGGGCUUCUGGGCUGUAUAAUUCUUAUUAUCGUUUGCAGGAGUUGUUGUUGUUGGAGCAGCAGCCGCAGGUGUUUUUGAUCAAGUUCUGUUGUUAUGAUAGAUUGGGGCUUCUUCAUGAUGUGACGCAAGUGCUAUGUGAGCUUGAGCUGAUAAUAAGGAGAGUGAAGGUAUCGACAACUCCUGAGGGAAGAGUUAUGGACCUCUUCUUUAUCACAGAUACCAGGGAACUUCUUCAUACAAAGAAGAGGCAAGAGGAGACGAUGGAUGCGCUGAGAGCUGUUUUAGGGGAUUCCAUGACAAGUUGCGAAAUAGAGUUAGCAAGUGAAGACAUCGCAGCAUGUUUACAAGCUUCGUCUUGUUUGCCCCCAGCAAUCAUUGAAGAAAUGUCAAGCUUUGAACUUCCCGAAGAACCUCCCGGGGGAUACCGUCCUCUGUCGCACAAUCUUUCAGUGACGAUGGACAACUCUCUCAGCCCUGCUCAUUCACUCAUUCAAAUUGUUUGUCCGGACCAUAAAGGCCUCCUUUACGACAUCAUGAGAACUCUGAAGGACUACAAUAUUCAGAUAUCAUAUGGAAGAUUCUACUCAAGCCUAAAUGGGCUAUGUGAACUUGACUUAUUUGUGAUGCAAACGGAUGGGAAGAAGAUUAUCGACCCGAACAAACAGAAAGCAUUAUGCGAGCGGUUAAGGUUGGAGAUAUUUCAUCCACUCCGAGUCACUGUUGUGAGCCGCGGGCCUGACACUGAGCUUUUGGUUGCAAAUCCUGUCGAAGUGUCUGGCAAAGGCCGCCCGUCAGUGUUCUAUGACAUCACCCUCGCACUUAAGUUGCUUCGUACUCGCAUCUUCUUGGCCGAGAUUGGGCGACAUGUUGUUGGUGACCGAGAAUGGGAAGUUUACCGGCUUCUUCUCGGUGAUGAGCAUGAGUCGAAUACGUUAAAGGACAAAGUUGUAGAGAAAGUAACGAAAAUGCUGAUGGGUUGGGAGUGAUUCGUGCCAUGCUCAUGCUCAUGAUCAAUGUAUAAUGUUCUACUUAUUGUGUACAGUUAGUGUAUGUUCAUACAUUGUCGACUAAUUGGUCGAUAUAUAUAAACAUAUAUAAAUGUUUUUGUUAUUGUAUAUGACUUUGUCUAAGUCCUGCUCAUAGAAGUAAAGACAAAUGUAUAUAUAGUUGCAUCAAUAGAAGGUAGUUUUACUCUC